AGAGAAUCUGAGACCUCGUCGUCGAUAUCAAUCUAGCUAUCCAAGCAUUGACGUGCACACAUCUAGACUGCAAGUCGAGUCGGUUGAUUAGUCAACAGUCGAAAUCGAUGGAGCCUCGCAAGUCUGCUUCAAUUCGGAUUGGCCUUCGCCUUUUUGGUCUCAUGGCUGGUGCAGUUGUUAUCGGUUGCAUUGCUGGCAAGCUACUAUCUGAUGACUUUACAGCCAAGAAAGUUUGCCUAUUCCACUUGGAGGACAUUGUGACAACUCUGGAAUUCAAGAAGACCGGUUGUGAACUUGGCAUAGCUAGUGGCGCAGCGGCCGUGUUGCUAGCCGUCGUUUUCUGUGUGCUUGACUACAUGGUGGAUAAUCAAGCAGGAACCGAAGAGUCAACUCGCAAUCGUCGAUCUGUUAUCAUAGUAGGCAGCGUGCUGGCCAUCAUUAUGGCACUCGUCUGGGCUUCUUGCUUUGGUUACUUGACUAAACUCUGGAUUGAUUCCAAAGGCUAUGAUUGGAAGGAUGAGUACAAGAUUCCAGGGGAAGUAACCCUAGCUUUCAGUUGUCUGUCUACUAUCACAUGGAUUAUUGUUGCCGUUCUUGGCUUUACGGGUCUAGGAUUGAACGAGGUCCCCAGGCACCAUCGACUCAUUACAAGCUGAACGUGCAAGAAACAGAAACUGCUGCAUGCUUUUCGCAACUCGCUCGUUUAUUAGUGCGCUUGCUCCUUGUUUUGCGUUAGUCAUGCUGGUGGAGAACACUUUUAGCCUCAAUGUUAUGCUAGUGAAUUGCUGUAAGUCGGCCGGACUAUAUUGUCAAAGUUGCAAAUAUCUCA